CACAGACCCUGUUUAACUCCUUUUCUUCUUCAUUUUGAAGAAAAAAAAAUGGAAACUCUUCCUCCACUGCAAAAGUGCACAGUGAACAAAUUUUCAGCCAUAGUAACCAGAACUCACACUUUUAUUCACUCAAUAGCAAUACUUUUCAUGCUCUACUACAGACUAAUAAUCAAUCUCAAGGAAAUUCCAAUCUCAUUUUUACCUUAUUGGUUCCUAAUCUUCGUUUCCGAGCUAAUUCUCUCCUUCCUCAGGACACUCGACUCAGCUCAUAUAUUUUCUCCAGUUACCCGCUUCGUCUACCCGGAAAACUUGCCGCCGGACGAUGAACUACCGGCAAUCGACGUUUUCGUAUGUACGGCCGAUCCGAUAAAGGAACCGGCGUUGGGAGUUAUGAACACUGUUUUAUCAGCGAUGGCGAUUGAUUAUCCGCCGGAGAAGGUAACAGUGUACCUUUCCGACGAUGGCGGUUCGGUUACGACGCUGUGUGCGGUUCGUGAAGCGUGGAGAUUUGGACAAGUGUGGAUUCCGUUUUGCAGGGAAUUUGGAGUGAAGAGGAUUUGCCCUGAAACUUUUUUUCAAGCAGCUGAUGAUGAGAUUAAUGGCGGCAAGGAUUAUUUGCUAGAAAGAGACAACAUUCAGAAAGAGUACGAGGAGUUCAAGGAGCGGUUGAAGAAAGCUCAGGAAAAUGGAGGGACAAAGGAUACUGGAGUCCAAUUUGGCCCAAAUCGUGAUACUGUAAUUGAGAUAAUAGGCCAGAGAGGUUGUGGAGCCAAAAAUAAUGGCAAAGCUAAACUAUCAUCUCUUGUUUAUGUUUCAAGGGAGAAAAAUACUUCUCAUCCCCAUCAUUUCAAAGCUGGAGCACUCAAUGCUCUUCUUAGAGUAUCUGGAAUCAUAAGCAACUCACCAUACAUAUUAAUGUUGGAUUGUGAUAUGCACUCCAAUGAUCCAUCUUCAGCUAGACAAGCAAUGUGCUUUCACCUUGAUCCCAAAAUCUCUCCCUCACUUGCAUUUGUUCAGUUCCCUCAAAGAUUUCGCAACAUUAGCAAGAAUGAUAUUUAUGAUUCUGCCAUGAGAAAUUGUUUUGUGGUCAGGUGGCCAGGGAUGGAUGGGCUUAUAGGACCUAUGCUAUCUGGUACAUGCUUCUAUAUGAAGAGGAAAGCUCUAUAUGGGACUGCUAUACACAAAGACAUGGAUCUUAGUGAGCUGAAGAAGUAUUUUGGUUCCUCAAAUGAAUUCCUAAAUACUGUUAUUACAUGCAUUAAUGAUAAGCAAAAUGACACUGGCAUCAAGGAAUUUGCUGACAGUAAGAUCCAAGAAGCAAGAUUUUUAGCCUCUUGCACCUAUGAGGAGGAGUCACAAUGGGGAGAAGAGAUAGGAUUCCUGUACCAUUCAGUGGUGGAAGACUACUUCACAGGUUUCAUUAUGCAUUGCAAAGGCUGGAAAUCUGUGCUUUAUAACCCUUCAAGGCCAGCAUUUUUAGGCAGUAGUUCAACAAAUUUGAAUGACACAUUAGUUCAAGGAACAAGAUGGAAUUCUGGACUAGCUGAAGUUCUUUUCUCAAGAUUUUGUCCCCUCAUAUAUGGCUUGAAAUCAAGAAUGCCUCUUCUUGAACGCAUGUGUUAUGCUUACCUUGCUUCUCAGCCUCUCUUUUGCUUCCCAGCUUGGUUUUUAGCUAUCAUUCCUCAGCUUUGUCUCCUAAAUGGCAUUCCCAUUUACCCUAAGGUCUCAAGUCCAUGGUUCUUUGUAUAUUCUUUUCUUUUCUUGUCAACACUUUCGAAAUACUUAUGGGAUGUUGUAAACACUGGAGGGACAAUGAGAACAUGGUGGAAUGAAUGGAGGGUAUGGAUGAUAAAAUCUAUAACAGCUUAUUUCUAUGGAACUUUGGAUGCAAUCAUGAAGUUAUAUGGCUUUAGAAAAGCAAGUUUUUUGCCCACAAAUAAAGUUGUUGAUGAUGAACAAUUGAAGAGGUACCAAAUGGGAAUUUAUGAUUUUCAAGCAUCUAAAAUGCUAAUUGUCCCUUUGGUUACAUUAGUCAUAUUGAAUAUGAUUUCCUUCACUUGGGGAGUUAUUGGAAAAAUGAUUCUAGAAGGGAGAUUGAGUGAUUUGUUUGGUCAAGUGUUCCUCUCAUUUUUCAUCUUGGUGGUGAAUUAUCCUAUAAUUGAAGGGAUGAUAUUGAGGAAAGACAAAGGAAGCAUUCCACUCUUUGUGACUCUAUUGUCUAUUUUGCUUUCUUUUUGUCUUUUGUUCGUUGGUUCUAUUUUUGUAAGGUAAGAUGAUUACUUAGCUUAAGAUAGAAAAUAAGAAUUAUUGAUCUCUAUUUUCCA